CUAACUAAAAUCUACACCAUACAUCAACACCCCAAAAACAUGGCUCCAAACUUUUACUCCAUCUUCCUAAUAACAAUACUGUUGCAAGCUUUUUCCAAUAUUAAUGUCACAGCCCAAGCAUUAUUUCCUGCGAUCCUCGUUUUUGGUGAUUCAGCCGUAGACACCGGCAACAACAAUUUCAUCAAUACCAUUAUAUCACCAAAUAGAGCUGAUCAUCCUCCUUACGGUAGAGAUUUUCCUAGCCAUAAACCAAACGGUCGUUUCUCGAAUGGGAAACUUGUCCCAGAUUUCUUGGCUGAUACACUAGGGUUGAAAGAGAGCGUACCCCCAUUUCUGGAUCCCCAUCUUUCAGACAAGGACCUGAUUACUGGUGUGUGUUUUGGGUCUGCAGGGUCUGGGUUUGAUGAUUUGACGAGUAAGACAACCAAAGCAAUCCCAAUGUCAAAGCAGGUUGAGUACUUCAAAAAGUAUAUAGAGAGAGUUACAAGGAUUGUAGGGGAAAAGAGGGCUAAGGAGAUCAUAAGAAAGGCUAUAGUUGUUAUAAAUUCCGGGAUAAAUGACUUUGUGAUCAAUUACUAUGACCUGCCUACUAAAAGACUGCAGUACGAUAUAAAUGAGUACCAAGAUUUUGUUCUCCAAAGACUGCAGAGCUUUGUUGAGGAGGUGCAUGAACUCGGAUGCCGUACAAUAAUAGUAACUGGGCUACCUCCCAUAGGUUGUCUUCCGAUUCAAAUGACAGCAAGAUUUAAACUCCCAAAUGAAAGGAAAUGUUUAGAGGACCAGAAUUCAGAUGCCAUGUUAUAUAACCAGAAACUAAAGAAACUCAUACCUCAUGCACAAGCUUCACUUCCAGGAACUCGGAUACUAUAUGCAGACGUAUACACACCAUUUAGCGACCUGGUAAAAAAUCCAGAAGAGAAUGGAUUCAAAGUGACAGAUAGAGGAUGUUGCGGGACAGGAUAUAUUGAGACAGGGAGCCUUUGCAACAUAUUAACACCUACAUGUAAGAAUGCUACAGAGUUUGUGUUUUGGGACAGUGCUCAUCCCACAGAAGCAGCCUACCAGUAUGUUCAUGAUUCUUUGCUCGAAGAGCUUGGUCCUCAGAUAAUUAAUGAUCCCAAGUUUUCUGUUUCCUAACAUUCUGUAAUAUUCAAAAUCUUCAUACGUUAUGUAAUGUUGUAUGAAGACAUGUCCUCUCAGAUUCUUUAAAAAGGAAUGCAGAUAGAUUUAUGAAUACAUAUAAUUUCAUCUUUUGGAAAUA